AUGAGAUGGAGAAGUCCACCGAAUUUUAACGGAGGGAACAAUUUCACCUGUAAAACCGAUUGCUUCAGAAGAUUCAAGUCGAAGAUGAUGAACUUCAGCGACAUAAAAGCUCUAGAAGCUCUGUUUCGUUCCUCGAGUAGCGAUGGAAUCCGUGAUUAUUCAGAACCACAACCAGAGGCUCUAAAUCCAGGCCAUAUUGGUCCACAAUACAGUAAAAACGUCAAAGGGGGAGAAGAAGACGAAAAGAAAGAACAAGACAAAGAGGAGGAACCUGAAAUCGACAUUGACAAGGAUGCCGAAUUACAUGGCCGGGCUCGUUUCACGCCAGACAGGUACGCAUUCGUGUAUAAGCAAGCUGUGUCUUGCAACGAUGUUUAUAUGCAAAUGAGCGAAAAGGACUGCGGAAGUUUGAGCUGUGAAGAAUUGGUGAUGAAAGUUAAGCUGCCUGGCACAGAUGGCUUGGAAGAACUGGAUCUGGAUGUGCACAAAACCUACUUGAAACUUGUAUCUCCACAAUAUUACCUGUGUUUGCAUCUGCCUCACAAAGUCAACAUGGAGCGGAGCUUUGCCAAGUGGGAUCCCGUAUUAGCAACCCUAAUCGUCACCAUGCCCAUCAUUGAGCGUGACUGGAUGCGUCAACCUUGAAGUUGGGUUAGCAGAAGCAGAAAAACUUCAAUCGAAUAACGGAGUGUGCCAACAAAACACAGGCUUUAGGGUAACUCUAACCCAUUUACUUUCAGAACCGUAUCACAAUCUGAUUUAAGAUGCUCUUCAACUAAAAUGUGCUCAGUUACCACCUCACACCUCUUCGGGUCAGAAAUUUUACAGUCACCCACGGAAUACAAGUGACAGAAACUCCACCCAUCAACUUCUGACGUGGAUCAGAAGUUUCCCAAAACCCAUUUCCUUCAGCAUAUGUGUAAAAUUCAGCUGAAAUCGCUCUGAAGCCGAGUCGCUCAAGAAACCUCUUCCAGUGAUGUCGCUUGCACAAGCUCUAGAGGAGCUUUUGAGAUGUCUGCAACUUCCCAUGCAGCGUAUGAUCUGUAAAUUCCUGUUACACCGCGUACUAUAAACCGGUUGACUAGAGAAACGUUGCAUGGAAGAUGAUGACUGUUGCUGGAAUGACUGUGAAUCACAAGAGUGCCAGACAGAUUUUGCAGAUUACCCAACUAUUGCGCCAUCACAAACGCAACGAAGGAUCCACAUGAAGUGAUGUCUAGAGAAAACCAUGCAGGUUCAACAUGUCGAACAGUCAUCGUUUUAGAAGAGAUUGAGGAGUGGAGCGCUGAAGUUCACACGUUCGAGUGGCAAUCUUCAGCUGCCAAGAGGCCAGCACUCAGAAUCUGAUCUUCAGAAUUUUCCACUUGAACUCCCUCAGCAAUAAAUUUCAAAAUGAUGCACAAAAGGAGAGUUAGAUGGCAGUUAAGAAACUUAACAGGAAAUGAGAAGUCACGGUAGUGGUCAUGUUUGGUAUUUGGUUUUUGUAUUUCCAAUUUUCUGGUUUUUGUGUUUUUCCAGCUCUCAGAGUUUAAAAGGGUAAACUAUGGCGUAUUACACUUAAGUAAUAUAGAUUGAAAUUUUAUAGUAGUAAAAAACUUUAAAAUUAUAUUAGAAUAGCUCUAAAUGAUAAAAUGUGUAAUUCUACAUAUCCAUGUUGUAAUUACAUACCAGAACUUUGGGCAAAAUACCCAUUUUUGCCGAAGUUUUGGUAUGUACUUCACAAACUUUUGGCAAAACUUCGUUCAAAAAAAUAAUAAUUUUUAAAUGUUGUAGAUA